AUUACUAAGUAUUUUAAAUUUUGUUUAAAAGAUAUAUUUUUUUAAAAUCACGCAAUUAAUGAGCUACAUAACUUUUUAGUUGAUUUAAUGUAACCCAACCUAGCCUAAUAUGUGAAAUGUAAAUAUGUGAUGGAUAAUAAUCUUUUUAAAUUCAGUCAAAUUCUUUUUCAUGCACUUAAUGAUAUGAAUGAAUAAUGUUCUGCUUUAAUUUAAGUUAUUAAUAAAUUUGUAGGAAACUUGAAUUUAUAUAAGUUUUUGUUUUUGCUUUUAGAAAAGUAUUAUCGACAACACUGGAAAUAAGUAGGUGUGUGUCGGUGUCUCACGAAACUUGCAGGCUGUAAAGUAGAUUACGCACAUGCGCUCCGUCUAACUACAUUCUACAUGAAUGAAUUCCUCUAAAAGUCAAAAUCAGCUGUUUGUUAGGUUUAAUACGCAAUUCCUUCAACUUCAAGGUUUUUUUAGAAGAAUCAAUGUCGUUUCCAGAUUAACUUUAAAUAAGUAAAUGACUGAAACAAGGCAGUUAAUUAAUUGCCUUUUUUUAUCGGAAAUAAAGUGAUGAUUGUGACCUUUGGUACAUAUGUUUGAGCUGCAAGUGACCUUAUAAGUAAACUUGAAACGUUUUAAGGGUUUUAAGUGGAUGGUGCAUGAAAUGGGUGUUCAGGAUACAGUCGCAUGGUAUCAGAAAAAGAUUGGAACUUAUGAUAAGCAGCAGUGGGAAUUAUCAUUUGAAAGACACAUAAUUAGAGGAUACAAUCAUGUGAAAACUAAGUCAGCUCGAUUAAAGACUGAACUCAUUGAUGUAGAUCUUGUUCAAGUUUUGUCUCUCUCACUGACCAUUCGCCCGAGGAGUAGCAAUAGCAUUCCCCACAUGCUCGAUGCCCUUCGUAAUUCAUUCAAGCUAGCAAACGUUCUGCAAAAAGUUGAUGACGCUGAAAAGUAUCCAUCCGAGGAAGACGAUGAUGAGAAAGAAGACGAGGUAAAUACGGAAAGUCAAACCUCUUCAAGAAGAUUUAUGAGUUCUUAUAAGGCAAAGUGUGCUAGUAAUAGUGAAGAAAAUUAUUAUGCAACUGAAUUGGACCAGUCGGAAGGCGAUAUUGAUGAAGACUUUGAUUUCGGUUUCAAUCCUGAUUGCAGUACAUUUGACAAAGUGAGCUGCACCAUAUGGGAUAAAGGCGAAGUCAAAAAGGCAUAUUUGACUGUAUUAGACAUAAGUUCUGCAAUAAUUCGUAUUGUGGAACAGAUGCCUGAAUGUAUAGACUAUUUUUAUUUGGGUCUGAUAUUUUCACUGAUGCUGGCAUUCACUCCGGUUGCAUACAGACUUAGCACCGUUGAGGGGGGUUGUUACAAUUCUACCAACGAAUUUCUGAUCAGCGUUGAUGACUUGGUUCAAUCUAGACUGGAUAAUGUGUCUGCCAUUCUCAUCUCGGUCAUUAACAAGGCGUUGGGAAACAAUUUUUGGGAACGUGCAAUAAUGCUAAUAGCCUCCCUGCAACGUUUCAUUCUUGCCUGGAUUUUCUUCUUUCUGCUGGUCGUCGCAGAACGCACCUAUAAGCAAAGAUUCUUUUACGCGAAAUUUUUUACCAAGUUGACAUCCUCGCAGAAAGCGAAAAAGUGGGAACUUCCUCAUUUUCGGUUGAAUAAAGUGAAAAACAUCAAGACGUGGCUUUCAGUACGUUCAUAUUUGAAGAAGAGAGGUCCUCAGAGAUCUGUGGACGUCAUCGUCAGCUCUUCGUUCGUUAUUACGCUUCUGUUGUUGUCGUUUUUGAGCAUGGAACUUCUUAAGGGUUCCGAGGCAUUAAGGCUUCAGUACAAUUUGGAGGCACUGAUUUGGAGCUUUGGUCUCGGCAUAAUGUUGUUGAGGUUUAUGACACUUGCCAACAAAACUUACUUAAAAUACAGGAAUCUGUCCGUGUUGAUUACUGAGCAGAUCAAUUUAUAUUUGCAAAUCGAACGGAAGCCUCGAAAGAAGGAGAAACUCGGAAUUGUUCAUAACGUCCUGAAAUUGGCUGCGGAUUUACUAAAGGAAUUGGAGACGCCAUACACAAUAUCCGGCUUAUCUGCAAAUCCGUACUUGUAUACAAUAGUGAAGGUCUUUAUUUUAUCUGCUCUGUCUGCCGUUUUGUCCGAAAUGCUGGGUUUCAAGUUGAAGUUGUUCAAAUUAAGUAUGAAACACUAAUUGACUGAUUGAUUGAUCUCGACCAUUGGCAACACGAUUGAUUUCCUCUCACGAUCAGCAAUGACGCUUAUGUAUUUAAUAAGAGUUGUUUCCUUACUUGUUAUUUGCAGAUCCGGUGGUAGCAAAUGGGCCUAAGUUGUACUCCGGAGCCAAAACGUUGUGACACUCUACAUAUUAAAAACGAGAGACAAUACACAAUAAAAAAGGCAAACGAAAGAAACGUUUUAGGGGUGACAAUACGGAUGAUGGUAAACGUAUGAUUUGUUAUUUGUACGUUUCUUUGUAUUUACGAUUGACAAAAAGACAAUGACAAUUUAAAUUCAUAAAGAGACUGUUUUUGACUUAUUAAAGUAAAAAAUCUUCCAGUAAGGAAUAUUGCAAAUAUUUUUGUCGGUUUAGGUAAGUCAGAAAAACAGAUUUUAAUCUUUUAAUGCGUUAGGGUGGUUUGUUUGAGUUCAACAAUGUUUUUUUUUUUGACGUGACAACGUCUUAUAA